AUGAUGUUGGAUACGACGACAUUGGCGGAGUUCGCAAACAAUUGGCACAAAUCAAGGAGAUGGUUGAACUUCCACUUCGUCAUCCUCAGCUAUUCAAUUCAAGCCGCCUCGCACGGACAUUUUAACUGGCUGCUUUGUCCUCACGAACGGGUAAAAACACUCAUAGGCGAGAGCGUGCAAAACGAGACUGGAGCAUUUUUCUUCCUGCUCAAUGGACCCGAGAUUAUGUCGAAACUUGCUGGAGAGUCAGAGUCAAAUUUGCGUAAAGCUUUCGAGGAAUGCGAGAAAAACUCGCCGGCUAUUCUCUUCAUCGACGAGAUUGAUGCUAUUGCUCCGAAGCGUGAGAAGACACACGGAGAAGUUGAACGCCGUAUCGUUUCACAACUGCUCACUCUUAUGGAUGGCUUGAAAGCAGAGAUCCCAUGUUGUGGUUAUUGCGGCCACAAACAGACCCAAUUCCAUUGA